UUAUGCCAGUACGCGUUUAGAAGUCGCGCGUGUAAGAGCGUUGUCGGUGACGCCGCGCGAAAUCGUCGUGGUGUGUCAAGUGCAGUGCCGUGUAGAGGUGCCGAAGUGGCGGGUUUCCUUGCCUCAGGACGGGGGGCCCAUGCCCCCUUCCAUCAGCACCACAUUGGUAAAAGUUAGUGUCCUGUGGUAUAAAAUAAAACACUUUGAGUCGGUCUAUGAUUGGGUGGAACUGUGAAUGUGCUUGACGAUGCCGACGUAUGGAGGACGAGGGGAGGCAGGCGGCGCGAUGGCGUGCGCCGGCUGCGAGAAGCCGAUCCUGGACAAGUUCCUCCUCCAUGUCCUGGAGCGGGCGUGGCACGCGGCGUGCGUCCGCUGUGCCGACUGCAGGGCGCCGCUCGCGGACAAAUGCUACUCCAGGGACAACAAGCUAUUCUGUAGAAACGACUUCUUUAGGCGAUAUGGCACCAAAUGCAGUGGUUGUGGACAUGGCAUAUCACCAUCGGACCUGGUCAGAAAGGCCAGAGAAAAGGUCUUUCACCUCAACUGCUUCACGUGUCUCGUCUGCAGAAAGCAGUUGUCCACCGGCGAAGAAUUGUAUGUUUUGGAUGACAACAAGUUCAUAUGUAAAGAAGACUACUUGGCGGGAAAGGCGCCAACGACGCAGCAUUCAGACUCCCUGCUAGGCUCCGGUUCCGAUGAAGAAGAAGAAGAUGAAUCCAGGACCACAAACAACUCAAGCAGUCCUGCGCACGCGCCGCACCCCGCGCUACACUCGGAGCUGUCCCAUAACGGGGACACGAAGCCUCAUGAGGACUCGGAGGAUCAGUUGUUCUUCUUCUCCCAGGGCUCCCUGGACGGAGAUCCGGAGACUCGAGACUCGCAGGCCGAGAACAAAUCUCCAGACGAUGGCAACGGGGGCUCCAAGAGGAGAGGGCCCAGGACUACCAUAAAAGCGAAGCAGUUGGAAAUACUGAAGUCUGCGUUCUCGCAGACCCCGAAGCCAACGAGGCACAUACGGGAGCAGCUGGCUAAAGAAACCGGAUUGCCAAUGAGGGUUAUACAGGUCUGGUUCCAAAACAAGCGGUCGAAGGAGCGUCGUCUGAAGCAACUCACGUCGAUGGGCAGGGGGCCUUUCUUCGGGUCCUCGCGCAAGAUGAGGGGGUUCCCCAUGAACCUGUCACCAGGGGGCCUCGAGGAGGGGCCGCCGGGGUUUCCGUACUUCGCGACUGCCGAUGGCAAGUUCGAGUUUGGCUAUGGCCCGCCGUUCCACCAUGACGCGCCUUUCUUCCACCCUCCUCCGACGAUGCCGUUUAACCAGCCAGGUCGUUUCGCAGGCGGUAUGGAGUCGCUGCCGGGCGGCGAGUUCCCCGAGCAGUUCCCGCCUCCUGACCACCUGGUACUGCCGCGGCCUUCGUCCCCCGAGUUCACCUUCGGCGACGCCCCACCUCCUCUGCAUCCCGAGGGUCUGGUGUGGUAGCUGAAGCCAGAGCCGCGGGACUUCCACGACUGAUGCGGCUCGAUGGGCUACCAAGUGGACUGUAACAGUGUUUUUUAAUGUGACUCAGCAGUGUAUAUGUGAUUUUUUUCGUCGGUCGAAAUCUGUGCAUAUAGUAUUAAGUUUUUUGUUCAGAAUCCCCCUGUCCUGUUUGUAUCAACAUGUCCAAAUCUUUGUUACAGUUUAGAGGCUCUAUUUAUUGUUUAAAUGGUGUUAUUUUUCGGAACCAAUCUGUUAAAUAAAUUCACUCAUCGUACAUAUUUAAGUUGACCAUCGUUUUUAUCGUAAUUAUCUACUCUCACUAUUUUAAAUUUCUAUAUCUUUAAAUAACUUUCAUCCAAUCCAAGAAUAUAGCAUAACAUUAACUUAUUUUUCUUACUUCGUCUGCAAAAUAAUUGUCCUUAAUCACUUAGUAGAGUUGGUGCUGGAAAAAGAAGAGUUAAUUGUCAUGUGACAUAAUAAUUAGCCCUUGAAGAAACACCUACGAAGCAUUUAAUCAUUUUUUGCCCUACUAUUUCUUUAUCACUCGUAGUUAAUUAUAAUUUUGCUUUUAAAUCAGUGCAAAUUUCGGCGACAGUUAGGGUACUACGAUACAUAUUGUGAAUACUAAUUAAUUGUACAGAGAUUUAUUAAAAUAUACAACUAUUACCUAUUUAUUAAGUUAAUUAUAGAUAUUUAUUUAAUUUCUUCAAGAAUCGCGUAAGUAUAUUUUGGUUCCUAUUUUAUAAGAUGCAGCCGGCAAUCACGAAGCAUUUUAUUUUGUAUAUUUUUUAGUUAUUGUCGGAUUAAUAUAAAUUAACGUUAAGUAUAACUGAGUACAUAGACAGACAUUGUUGUAAAUAUAUGUUAUGUGUAAAUACAAAGUAAAAUGAUAUUUAUGUACUAUAUAAUAAUGAAUUGAUUCCUUUAAAUUUAAUCGAUCCAUUUUGAAUAUGCAUGGAUAAAGGGUACUUAAAUAUUUUUCUUCUUUCAUAUGUUUUCUGAAAUAACUUCACUUCUUUUGAGUUUAUUUGAUUUUUAGCUGUGUAUACUAAUUAAUAUUUGCAACGAUAUUAUUUUUGUUAAUUACCUUUAUACCUCAGAUCCAUUUGAAAUCACUUUGUAUAUAAGUAUACAUAAUAACAGCGUAUAUUACAUAGGGAUCAUUGUGUUUGACAUAAUAUUCCGACGUCGCCUUAUGUACAGUCACAAACCAUUUAAAAAUGAUGUAAAUAAUGUGGGUUAUGACGUACAUAGACCUGUGUUAUUUCGUAUAACAGUUGAAGUAAUUAAAAUAUACAAAGUAACUAAAAAUGUUGUGUUGUGUUAUGGAAAAAUAGAAAUACAUGUUUUUAAAUGCGUCACUAUUUCUGCAGCAGCUGAUAAACCUAUUGUUAAAUUCAUAACUAAUAUAUCUCAUAUUACCUAUGACUAGUAUUGUAUAUAGGAUCAUACAGCCAUACUAUCUUUUCUAUAUGCAAUUUAGGAUAUUUUCACCCCCUGUUCACCCCCUGUCGAUGUGGAUAAAUUUAGAACAUUUUUGAGGGACUAUUUUAAGGUAUAUUAUAAUUUCAAGUAAUCUUGUUAAUAUAUGGAAACUUGCAUUAGAAUAACAAACCUCCGUGGUUUCAUCAUAAUGCAUUUUCUGUAAAUCCUUUUUUUUAAAUUGGGUUUUCAAUGAAAAUUAAAAAAAAAUCAUUUUUAAUUCAUUUGCAUUUUUUGAAACAAAAUCUAUCAAAUACUUUAUCUGUUAGCUAACAAUCAGACAGUUAAUGUACGAUACAUAACGUGACUGUAUGUAGUGGCCGCGACUGGAUUUAGUAUGUACUCUAGUAUAAGUGUUAAUAUUCGGUACAUACUGUCUGUAUUUAGUAUUUAAUUAAAAAUAUAAUGGAAUUGUCUGUAAGAAUAAAAUCUAUUCGGAAAA